GGCAAAUAAUCAAUUGGCAUUGUAAACACGAAAAUAUACUGUGAGAAAAAUGUGUUCACUGCCCGGUUUUGGACUAUUUAUUGGUUAUGGCACCCUGAUCUUGUACAGCAUUAUUCUAAUUGUAUCCAUUGGCCUAUUGGCCGAUAAAAAAUUGGUAGAUGGAAUUGUCGACGAUAUAGCUGACAAGGAGAAUGAUGUGAACAUUUAUGCAACAACGAUUGCCAUCCGCUUUGCAAUUGUCUUUACCAUGAUCGUGGGAGUUAUAAUGAUUAUUGUAUCGGCCUAUCUUAUUAAGGGUAUUGACAAGAAACGACCCAUGCCUUUGAUACCCUGGCUGCUGAUAACAUUCAUUUGUAUAGUCGGAUGCCUAAUUUAUAAUUUUGUCGUAUUAUUGACCUCUGAAAAUCCCGCUCAAGAGUUUGUUGUGGGAAUGUCUAUUGUUGUUUUACAAUGUGCCAUAUUCUAUCCAAUAUACACUCUCUAUCGAAAAAUGCGAAAAGAAAAAUUUCCAGCACCAGUGGAUAGUAUCUAAAGCCGUGUUUAUACUGGACAUGUUUUCAUAAAAUGCCGUUUUUAGUUUCUAAGUUCCUUUGAUUAUGCAUAAAAUAAUUGACGAAUCUUCGUAAUAUUCAAAUAUAUAUUUCCAUAUUUUUGUAAAUGGCAGUGGUCAAAAUCCAUGAGAUUUUUUGACGUCUUUCAUGGGCCUACUGAACA